AAACACUUGAUGAAACUUUUGAUCAAAUUGCAUUAGCAAUGGUAAAUGAAAGUAAUUUAUUUGAAGAUAAUGAAGAAUUUGAAACAAAUUUUACUUUUAAACAUGAUGAAAUUGAAGAUAUAGAAGAAUUAAAUAAUGAUAAUUUAAAAAUUAUUGAUUAUAUUGAUUUAUCAGCAAGUAUAUUAAAUGCAAAUAAUAUUAAUUCUGAUAAACAAGAAGAAGAAAUCAGAAUUGAUCAUAGAGAUCUAGAUUUUGAUGUUGAUGAAAUGCAUAUGAUAGAAAAAGUACAAGGAUUUUCAAUUAUUGAAAUUUGGCAUGUUAAACCCGAACUAUCUCCAACAAAAUCUUAUUUCAUUAUUUUAUUAGCGAAUGGAAGUCAUUGUUGCAUCUGUAAUCUUCUGUGCUGGUAUCAGGAUGCAAAAUUGGAUGUUACUAGUAAUGAUUUAGCUUUAUUAGAUGCAAUAUCACUUGUUAAGAAUGAUCAUACUGAAGUUGUUUAUAAUGAAAUUAAUUUCAAGUAUAUUAAUAAGAUCCGUGAAGGGCAAGUAUAUACAGCAGAACUUCAAAGUAUUGUUUCAGCUAAAGCAAAAUAUGGAAGAUCUUUGGGGCUUGCAAGAAAAGUAUUAGAUUUAGCUCAGAAGCUUGACUGUUUUAAUGAAGUGAAUGGAAUAUUUCAAAAUUUUAUUGAAGAUAAACAGCAAGAAUUACUUCAAAAGCAUAAUAAGGAAAGUUUAAAUAACACUCGGCAAAUAACAGAUGAAAACAACACUAAUGAAAUUGAGCACGGAAUUGGUUGCUCUAACCCUAUUACUUCAAGACAUCGUGGACGACCUCCAAAUCGCUAUUUAAGUGAAGGUGAGACUGCAAAACGAAAUAAAAAAGUAAAAAUGAAUUUAAGAUCGGAAGAUGACUUAGAAAAUAAAGAGACAGAUGGAAAUAAUAAGAAACAAAGAAGGUGUAAGAGAUGUCAAGAAACAGGUCAUGACUUGCGUAGUUGUAAAAGUAAAGCUCUUAGUGAAAGAAAUUGA